CUGAAUCAUUCGGAGGAGCUCAGGGUUACGAAGGUUGAGGAGUGCAAAAUAAGAAGUUUCAAGGAGCUCGUAACUCUUGAGAAGCUAGCGAGGUAUAGUCUAGGCCUUCUAGUUAUUGAAAAGCUUCUAGCUCCCUCACCUAUUGAUCUUUCUGUUGAAGAGGUGGUUGAUUAG